AUCUUUUAUCCAUACAUCAUGAAUGUUAAGAUUGCUGUGAACACCCAUGCUGUGCAAAGUAAUGAUGAGAAUUUGAAGGCGAUGGGAAAGGCAAUGCUUGACAAGUUUGAUAAAUACUGGGAUAGCACUUAUAGUGAGAAUGUCAAUGACAGCGGGAGAAACAAAAAAAAGGUGAAGAACAAUGUUAUGGUCAUUGCAACCAUUCUUGAUCCUAGGUUUAAAAUGAAGCUUGUUGACUACUGUUUUAAGCAGUUGUAUGGCAGAGAGAAAGGCAUGCGUGAGGCAGAAGACAUCAAAUCAGAGUUUUUUGAUCUGUAUGCUACCUAUGAGGUAGAAAAUCGACAGAAGGAGGCAGCCAACAGCAAUGAACAAAGUGCAAGUUCUAGUAGGAAUCAAGCUACAUCUAUGUCCACAUUGAGUGGGUUUCAGUCAUUCUUGGAGGAGACAAACACAGAGCCAUGUCAGUCUGAAUUGACUUGCUAUCUUGAGGACAAAACUCAUCCCAUGGCUGAUCGUAAUUUCAAAAUAGUCGAUUGGUGGAGGCUGAAUGCUCAUAGGUAUCCUGUUAUUGCAAAGAUAGCAAGAAAGUUCCUGACAGUACCAGCAACUAGUGUGUCUUCAGAGUCCACAUUCUCUACAGGGGGUAGAGUUUUAGAUGACUACCGCAGUUCCUUGCGCCCGAAAAUGGUUGAGGCACUUAUUUGUGCUGCUAGCUUCAUAAAAGGAUCAAAAGAUAACUAUAUGAGGCCUACGAUUCCUCAAGAUGAUAGUGAUGAUGAUGUGGAAUUCAUACCAUUUCCGGAUUCUUCUGUGGGAAGCAAUUAACGGAAGCCAUCUUCAUUUGACUUGCUCUUUUAAUCUGUUGGAGACGUCAUUUUAUUCUUUGCCUAUUGGAGACCUUUUUGUUAUGUCUUAAGUACCGUAAUGGUGUCUUCGUGAUGUAUCAUGUUUGAUGCUUGUCAGCGACUAUUAAGUUUUUCCUGGGAAUAAAGCUAUGCAUUUGUUAAGUUUAA